GUGGCGACUGUUUUUCAGCUGGCGACUGUUCACCAGGGCGAGGAACACGGCGACGCAGACGAGCAGUAGAGCACAACGUUGAUUUUCCAUUUCUUCCUUCUUCCUUGCCCAGGAGGGACCUCGCGCUUCAAAUCCUCGCUAUUCCCUCGGAGGAGUCAACAGCUUGUCAAACUCGACGGCUGUCAAAGACUCAUAUCACAGGAUUUCUAAUCCUCCCGUGUAUAUGUAUAUACACUGCUGACGUUCGCACCAUCAAACGAGUGGGCGACGCGACAGACGUAAAGGAGUGAAGGGGAGGGGGUGAAAUGUCAAAUUGGAUCUAAGUGUCAUUCUCGUUCCUGAUUGGCUCGUGCGCGAUAAAUCGCGAUAACCGCAAGAUAUCGCGUAAUGAAAAUCCCUCUUGUUCGAACGAAAGGAGGUUGUAAAAUUUCUUCGAUAGUUUAUUAUGCAUAUAUAAAAAUCGUGAUAAUUUAAAAAGACCGUGAGACUGUAAACACGAAUUCUACGAUUGAUAUGUCAAAUACAAAUCAAUCCGGAGUGAGGGAAUAGGUUAGAUUCUUCCCUGUAUUUAAUAGUAAACAAUCAAGCGCGAUGGCUGCUAAUAAACAAUACGGUCUACUUUUGCCGAAGAAGCAGCAACAGAAAACCGCACCGAAGCUCAGUAAUGUCUUCGGAGACGACAACGUCUCUGACGAGGAGGACGGCACCGACUGGGUCAGGAGAGCCCUCAAGGCGGAAAACGAGAAGAAUAAGAUGAAGAAGCAGACUAAACUCGAUAUACAGAGAGCUCUGAAUGAGGAUCCAACAAUUUAUCAGUACGACGAAGUCUAUGAUGCUAUGGAGCAAAGCAAAAGUCAGUCGGAAGUGAAGGAGAAGGAGAAGAAGCCUAGGUAUAUACAGAAGCUUUUGAAAACAGCUCAGAGGAGGAAGCAGGAACAGGAGCAUCGAGUGGAGAGAAUGGUGCAGAAGGAACGCGAAGCGGAAGGUGAGAUGUACGCAGACAAAGAGAGCUUUGUCACAUCAGCGUACAAAGCUAAGCUGGAGGAAUUUAAGAAAAUGGAAGAGGAGGAAGCGAGAAUGAGUAGACUGGAGGCUAUCGGAGAUGUGACAAAGCAGCAAGAUAUGUCAGGUUUUUAUCGUCAUCUUUAUGAGCAGACUAUUGAUCACAAGAGUGAAAUUAAUAAGGAUGAAAAUGAUAGACUCGAGGAGAGGAAUGCUGAAAAAGAAAAGAAGAAUUUGAUAAGUAGCAUGGAUGAGAGAAAAGAAAAUACAACAGAGAACAAGAUGGCAAGUGCAACUAAAGAUGAAAUACCAAGAGCAAUUAUAAAGUCUAAAAAACCAAGACAAUAUAGACAAAGAGCAAUAGAAACAUAUGAAUCCGAUUCUGAAACUGAAACGAGUAAAGAGGAGUUGAAACAAGAUGAGAAUAUUGUUUCAUCAAUGAGCAAAGAUACUGAUAAAUCAGAGGUACAGGAACCAGAAGAAAAGAAACAAAAACUAGAUAAAAAUAAUAUAAAUACAGUUGAAAAUAUAGAUGUUAAGGAUAAAGAUUCAAGUGUGAAAGAUCUGCAAAAACCUGAAGACAGCAAGAAUAUUGAUUCAGAGGAUAAAGUCGAAAGUGAGAAGAAGCCUGUUGAAAAGAAAGAUAGAUCCUCGAUUUGGAAAAAGAGAACAGUAGGGCCAUUAUUUGAAGAAGCAUUACAAAGAUAUUAUGCAAGAAAAGCAAAGAGAUUGACCGCUGUGAAUUAAAUUGUAAUUAAUUCAUAACUAUUUUAAUCAUUAUAAUAACAAUAAUUUGUUUCCUUUUUAUAUCGAUCAAAAUGUAAAUAAGUGAAUAUUGUUUAAUUUAUGUUACUGGCAAACUUAUAUAAAGUGAUGUAAUUUUAGAUUGUAAAAAUGUGUACAAUAAAAAGCAUAGCAUUGAAAUUGAAAA